UGGCGGUUACCGUUGCCUCUGGGUGGCUCUGGCGGCGACUGCGGCUCGCGGGGUCUGCAGAGAGCAGUGGGCUGGCCCUGGCCCGUGGCCGCCUUGAGCAGCCCAGCGCUGGGACCGGAGAGGCGAGACGGCGGCUGCGGGUUGUGCCCGGCCCCCUCCUUGGCGGCUCCAGCCCUCGGGCGGCUGCGGGCUCCGGGCAGCCCCGGGGCGGCGGCCGAGCCGGCGGCUCGGAAUGGCGAGAUAGCAGCGCGGGAGCGGCCGGUGAUGGAUAUUUACUUACGUUUGAAACGGCUGUCCUGGAUGGUGGACAACAAAAGGAUGAGGACUGCUACAAAUUUCCAGUGGCUUCUGUCGACAGUUGUUCUUCUAUACUUAAUGAAUCGUGUAAAUAGCCAGAGAAAGGGGACUCCUCACGAUUUGAAGUGUACAACUAACAAUUUACAAGUGUGGGACUGUUCAUGGAAAGCACCCCCUGGAGCAGGCCGUGGUACUCUUUAUGAACUUUGCAUUGACAGCAGGUCCUAUCCUUGUUAUCCGUUAGUGAGAACAAAUAUUGAAAUCCCAGCUCUUCCACCUGGUAAUCAUGAAGUAACAAUAAGUCCUCAGCAUGGUGCUGGAGGUUUUACAAGUAAAUUCAUACUAAGUGAAAAAAACGUUUCAUUAAUUCCAGCUGCUCCAGAAAUCUUGAGUUUGUCUGCUGAUUUCUCAACAUCUACAAUACACGUAAAGUGGAAUGACCAUGGUUCUGUUUUUCCACGUCAUUCAAAUGUCAUCUGGGAAAUUAAAAUCCUACGUAAAAAGAGUAUGGAGCUUGUAAAAUUAGUGACCCACAACACAACUCUGAAUGGUAAAGAUGCCGUCCGUCACUGGAGUUGGGUCUCAGACAUGCCCUUGGAGUGUGCCAUUCACUAUGUGGGAAUUAGAUGCUAUGUCGACAGUCUGCUUUUCUCUGGUCACAAAGAGUGGAGUGAGUGGAGCCCAGUGAAGAACAUUUCUUGGACUCCUGAUUCUCAGAAUAAAGUUUUCCCUCAAGACAAAGUGAUCCUUGUAGGCUCAGAUAUAACAUUUUGUUGUGUGAGUCAAGAAAAAGUGUUAUCGGCACAGAUUGGCAGUACAUACUGUCCCCUUAUCCAUCUUGAUGGGGAAAAUGUCGCAAUCAAGAUCCAUAAUAUUUCUGUUUCUGAUAGUAGUGGAACAAACGUGGUUUUCAUGAUAGAAGAUAAUGUAUGUGGAACAGUUGUUUUCGCAGGAUAUCCACCUGAUACUCCUCAAAACCUAAACUGUGAGACACAUGACUUAAAAGAGAUUCUGUGUGUUUGGAAUCCAGGAAGACCGACAGGACUGGUGGGCCCGCGCAAUACCAGCUACACUUUGUUUGAAAGUUUUUCAGGAAAAUCUGUUAGAUUUAGAAGAGCUGACGUGCCUACAAAUGAAAGCUAUCAGUUGUUCUUUAAAAUGCUUCCAAGUCAAGAAAUAUAUAAUUUUACUUUGGUUGCUCGCAAUCCUCUGGGUGGAUCAGAAUCAACAAUUUUAGUUAACAUAACUGAAAAAGUUUACCCCCAUACUCCUACUUCAUUCAGAGUGAAGGAUAUUAAUUCAACAGCUGUUAUACUUUCUUGGCAUUUACCAGGCAACUUUGCAAAGAUUAAUCUUUUAUGUCAAAUUGAAAUUAGUAAAAUUAAUUCAGUACAAGAAUUGCGGAAUGUCACAGUCAAAGGAGUAGAAAAUUCAAGUUAUCUUGUUGCUGUGGGCAAGUUAAAUCCAUAUACUGUAUAUACUUUUCGUAUUCGCUGUUCUACGGAAACUUUCUGGAAAUGGAGUAAAUGGAGCAAUAAAAAACAACAUUUGACCACAGAAGCCAUUCCUUCAAAGGGACCUGACACUUGGAGAGAGUGGAGUUCUGAUGGAAAAAAUUUGAUUAUCUAUUGGAAGCCUUUAUCCGUCAGUGAAGCUAAUGGAAAAAUACUUUCUUAUAAUGUGUCAUGUUCAUCAGAUGAGAAAACACAGUCCCUUUCUGAGAUCCUUGACCCUCAGCACAAAGCAGAAAUACAACUUGAUAAAAAUGACUACAUCAUCAGUGUGGUAGCGAAAAAUUCUGUGGGUUCAUCGCCACCUUCUAAAAUAGCUAGCAUGGAAAUUCCAAAUGAUCAUCUGAAAACAGAGCAAGCCGUUGGAAUGGGAAGGGGAAUUCUCCUCACUUGGCAUUACGACCCCAACAUGACCUGUGACUAUGUCAUCAAGUGGUGUAACUCGUCUCAGUCCCAACCAUGCCUUAUGGACUGGAGAAAAGUUCCUUCAAACAGCACUGAAGCUCUCGUAGAAUCUGAUCAGUUUCAACCAGGUAUAAGAUAUAAUUUUUUCCUGUAUGGGUGCAAAAAUCAAGGAUAUCAGUUACUACGUUCCAUAAUUGGAUAUACAGAAGAAUUGGCUCCAGUUGUUGCACCAGAUUUUAGUGUUGAAGAUACUUCUGCAGAUUCCAUAUUGGUAAAAUGGGAAGAUAUUCCUGUGGAAGAGCUUAGAGGCUUUUUAAGAGGAUAUUUAUUUUACUUUGAGAAAGGAGAAAGAGACACGUCUAAGAUGAGGGAUUUGGAAUCAGGUCGUUCUGACAUAAAGGUUAAGAAUAUUACGGACAUAUCCCAGAAGACAUUGAGAAUUGCUGACCUUCAAGGAAAAACAAGCUACCACCUGGUCUUGCGGGCCUAUACGGAUGGUGGAAUGGGCCCAGAGAAGAGUAUGUACGUGGUGACAAAGGAAAAUUCUGUGGGGCUAAUUAUCGCCAUUCUCAUCCCCGUGGCGGUGGCGGUUAUUGUUGGAGUGGUAACAAGUAUCCUUUGCUAUCGGAAAAGAGAAUGGAUUAAAGAAACCUUCUACCCUGAUAUUCCAAAUCCAGAAAAUUGUAAAGCAUUACAGUUUCAAAAGAGUGUCUGUGAGGGAAGCAGUGGUCUUAAAACAUUGGAAAUGAAUCCUUGUACCCCAAAUAAUGUUGAGGUUCUGGAAACUCGGUCAACACUUUGCAAAAUAGAAGACACAGAAAUAAUUUCCCCAGUUGCUGAGUGUCCUGAGGAGAGCUCCGAUGCAGAGCCUGAAAACCAUGUGGUUGUGUCCUAUUGUCCACCAAUUAUUGAGGAAGAAAUACCGAACCCAGCAGGAGAAGACGCUGGAGGGGCUUCACAGGUGGUCUACAUUGACGUUCAGUCCAUGUACCAGCCUCAGACAAAACCAGAAGACGAGCUGGAGAGGGACCCUGGAGGGGGGGCAGGCUACAAGCCACAAAUGCAUCUCCCCAUCAGUGCUGCUGUAGAAGACCUCGCUGCCGAAGAUGACUUAGAUAAAACUGCGGGUUACAGACCUCAGGCAAAUGUAAAUACUUGGAACUUGGUAUCGCCAGACUCCCCCAGAUCCAUGGACAGCAACAGUGAAAUUGUCUCGUUUGGAAGUCCUUGCUCCAUUAAUUCCCGACAAUUUUUGAUUCCUCCUAAAGAUGAAGACUCUCCAAAAUCGAAUGGAGGAGGGUGGUCUUUUACAAACUUUUUUCAGAACAAACCGAAUGAUUAACGGUGUCACUUUGUCACUCCAACCUGCCAUCUCAAUAAGCUCUUAUUGCCAGUGUUGCGAUGUCAGCACAGGGCACUCUUGGAGUAAUUCUGUGAAGUACUGUUGUUAGUGAGGUGAACUUCACCACGUGCAAGUUACACCAAAGUGUUAAUGUGCUUUUAAUGUGGUCUUAAAGGCCAAAGUCUAGUGACUCAGAAUUCAGAACCCAAGAUUUGGAGCUCUUUGUGAUCGAGCCAAAGAAUUCUCACAUGCUCUACCUUCAGGAAACACUUCAUGGCUAAUACUGACUAGUUAUAUACAUGCAAAACAAACCCUGCCACUCUAUUUUCUGUUCUGUUGUUAAUGGUUUUCUCAGAUGUAUACUUUACGGAAUUGAAAGCGGAUUUGCAGGCAAGGGAGAAAAACUCCAAAGUAACAGAUGAUGUUUAUUUGCCUGACUUUUCCAAGCACAGAUUUUAAAACUUUGAAGAUUAUUCUCCUCUAUCCACAGCAUUUACAAAAAUUAAUAUAAUUUUUAAUGUAGUGACAGCUAUUUAGUGUUUUGUCUGAUAAAGUAUGCUGAUUUCUGUGCCUACUGUAUAAUGAUAAUCAAACAGUUGUCUCAGGGGUGCAAACUUGGAGAACACGUGUGACACUGACCCUCUCAAAUCAGAAUCAUGUUUUCUUGUUUUGGUGGGUUUUGCAAGCCUUUUCAUUAUAUGUUCCCUUUUUUGCUAGCUUCUGUUACUGCAAUAGUUGCCCUAAUAUUUAAAAUUUAAAUCUCUAAGACCAUAGACCCAAGUUUUUUUUAAAAAAAAAAAAAAAACCAUUUUGUGAUACAAUGUCAGCUUUAUAUGAGCAAAUUCAAUAUUAUUCAUAAACAUAUAAUUCCAGUGGUUGACCAUGGGACAUGACUACUAAGCAAUAUGUCACGGCAUUAGCUAUCCAUCUAGUUCUGAUUGGCCUUCAUUCUUCCUGAGAAGACCGUGCCAUUGAGCCUGGUCACCGACACAGAGAUCAUCUUUUGACACCUCCUUGCCAGUGUUGCUUCUAUUCCUGAAUCUUACCUCUCCCUUUCUCUUGAACGAUCAUCAUUCCAGACUUAACCUGAUUCAGUCCUCGCGUUUUAAAAUAUAAAGCUGAGGAGAGAAUGCUGCUUCCAGAAACAGUUAGCCAAGGGCUGCCUCUGAGUAAAUGUCAUAAAUGGGUGGGAGUCCAUGGACAUACUUGUAUGGCAGGUACCGCAGUUGCUUGGUGGGCUGUGCAGGGUUGAGCGUUCAAUACGGCAUCAUCUGCCCACCCGAGUUUCUCAUAAGUGACGUCUAGAGUGAUGAUGGUUUUGAGGAAAGCAGAAUAAAAAACUGAGAAGACAUCUUGUAUUUCCCCUGCCCUCAGUUGUCUAUAUAUUUUAUCUUUAGAUUGUUAAGGCAAAUGUACCUGAAAAUUUAAAAUACCUGAAUAAGAUAUGCUUUUUUUUUUUUUUUGGUCAUCUGAAGUUCUGUAAUGUAUUUGAAAAGAGCAGAUCAAUUAUUUUUUUCAAGUUCAUACUGUAUCUUUUUAAAAACCACGCUGUGGAAAAAAGCCACAGAACAAGGAACAAAAUCUAUUUAGGUACUCUGUGAAUGAAUCCUGAUUUUUUAACUACUAGGAUUCAACUAAAUUUCUAAGCUUCAUAUUAUGGAUAUGUGGAAUGACAUACAAUUAAUUAUGUACAUAGUAUAUUAAAACUGUAUAAUAGUUCAUAGAGGUUUUCAGUAAUGAAAAAUAGGUCAAAAUGGAGCCAUCGCUACACAGUUUUCUCUCGUCUUCCUUUCCGGCCUUUCUGGCUCCUUUCCUGAGCUUCCAGUCCGGGCACUCAGGCCUGGCACAGCCGCCUCUUCCUUCCAAAGCUUGGCCUUACUGUCGUCCACUUGCGCCAACUCAUGCCUCUUCCUCUGUUCCUGUGUUCAUCUCUUUAGGACAAGGAUAAACAUUGGCUGUGGUAAAAGUUUAUUGAUCUCAAUGAUGCUAACCUGAAAUAACAGGAAAAGGACAGGAGAGAGUGAUCUCUGUCAUCAAUAUAUGUGCAUUUUAACUGUGACCAUGUGGACCCAGUGCCUUCCUAACCCAUGGGAGGAAUGACUCAUUUGUUUGGCUAAUGGUGAACAUCACUGGGGCUCUUAAGUCCUUUCAUUCUGUCCAAGAAUUCACUGCUUGUCCUUUAUGAAGAAGUUCAGAGUGCUAGUCACCCAUCCCCUGCACUAGGUUAACAAGAGACAGAGUAACGCUCUGUUAGUCUGGCAUGCUCCUUAUACCUCGCUGUAUUUUAGAUGAACACGUUUCAAGUCUGAGGCCAAAGCAGGUUUCCUUGCCUUUCUCCAUUUCAUUGAAGAUAGCCAGACGCAUGUGCAGAUGGGUGGUGGUUACCUCCCAGCCCCAUCCUCCUUGUACAUCUGGGGGAAGCCUUAACACAGGGAGGGGGAGGGGGAGAACAGCCUUGGUCUUGUAUCCAGUUUGAGAGGCUGGCAGACAUGCCCUGUUUGUCAGUGCAGAGAUCUUGCCUCUGUAGAAGGCCUUUUAAUCAUGGUUGCACCCUGUCCAAUCAGAUUAGCUACAUCUCCUGUAGGGGGAUAAUUAAGGACCAGUUAGAAAGGGAAUCUGUUUGAAUAGUACUUCAUUUAAGACACAUUUUUACCUCUCUUAUAAGUCAUUUCGUUUAUAAGCCUGUUUUAAAUCAAGCUUCCCUUGUGAGGAAUGGGGAUCAGAUCGUUAUAGAGGUCAUUUCUUUUGUGAGUGGCUAUUUUAAGUAAUAAUAAAAAUACUCUUAAAAGCUUAGGCUUUUGACAUUAGGUGAACCUUGUGAAUUCUAUAUUGCAUGGAUUAACACACAUAUGCACUCUUAAGUCUCCAAUUUGUUGAACCUGUACAGGCCCGGAUGUGAAACUGUGGCCCUGAGUAUCUGGAUAGUUGAGUUGUGUGCUUGUGUGGUUGAGGUGCUUUGUCCCUACAGCUUAGACACAGAAGCAGCCACUCACUGAGAAGUUUAAAAGAGGAAGUGUCAGCCUCCUUUUCCAAACCAGCAUUACACUUCUCUGCUCAUGAAGUGAAGGAUUGGCAUUUAGAACAUCUAGUACUAUUGUACUCUCAGAAGUUUGGUAAAAAGUCACAUUCUUAAAACUUCAUGCAUAUUGUAUUAUAGUUGAAAAUUAGUCCUGUAAUUUCUUAAUUGUCUUCAUACUGUCCAUGUUUAAAGAUCAUUACAAGUCCUUUUUGCAUUUGGGUAAUUAAAUGUCGUUUAGUGAAGGAGACUAGCAAGUGUUUUUUUUUACAAAGGGAAUUUGAAAUCAGUUCUGUGGUGUUUUGAAAUUUAGGUGCUCCUUAACAUGUCAAUAUUCAAAAAAAUGUUAUCUCAAAGUUUUGACUGCUCACGGACACAUAAUCUUAUAGAAUUUUUGGUUGGUUUGCUCUAAGGUUAUUUUUGCUUUUUUCUAUUUUAAACUAUGUUAAGAUUUGUACAGCUUUUACAAAAUGCCUCUUUUCCUUAUAUUGAAAGUUUAAAAUUGAGCCUUUCACAGCAAAAUUUACGAUCAUUAGGUUAAAAAGACUCAGGCACAUGAAGAAAGUGUACUGACUAAUUCUUAUUGUCUGAGUCCCAUCCCAGAGUAUUAUAGAUGCAGUGGAAUUCUCCUGAAGGGUGGUUUAUAUCAAGUCUAGAUCGGCUCUGAAACUCAUAGAUUCAAAUCUACUAUAGAGAUGGCUCUACAAUUUGUGUUAAAGAGUCCUGCUCAGCUUAUUUCUUCAUGAUUUUAAAUGAUGAUAGUUUUUUUUUAUUUGAUAAGUACAAAACUAGGGACAUGUCUGUACCACCAGUGUAUGUUUUGGCAAAUAAACAGUGCAUUGAUGUGUGAGGAUAAUUGAUUAAUGUGACCAUUUGAUGAACUAGUGCAUCAAAGCAUUAAAUUUAUUUUAAACCUUUAUUUCCUGCUGAAUCAAAGUUUCAUUGCUGUCAUGCCCCUCUUCUAUAUCUAGAAGAGAAUUUUUCAUAGAAGAAAAUGAUUUGUAGACAAACUUACAGGACAUUUAUCUAUUAGACAUAGCCUUAGAAUAUCAUUGGAAAUGACUCAGUUUGAAUUUGGCUAAUUUUUUUUUUAUAGGUUAUGUACCAGGACUAUUAGUAUAAUACUUAAACCUCUUAUUUUGUGAGGUUUUUAUUCCCAUUCAAUUAGUGCUUUUGUCUUAUUACAUGGUUAUAUACAUGCUAAUUAAAAUACAGAUAAACCAUUUUUAAUUCCAACAUAGAAGACAAAGAAUAACAUUUAAUUAAUUGAUAUGUCAGGCUUUAUUUUAUAUGAUAAAGGUUCCGGGGGUCUGAUUUUUUUUCUAGACUAUAUCUAAAAAUCUUUAUGAUUUUGGGUUAUGAUAGGAUUCUAUUGUUUUUAAUAAUGAGUAGCACUUAUUUCUCCCUGUAUUAGGAAUGUUAAAAUUUUGGAUUAUAAAAUCCAUCCAAAUUAUAAACAGAAUUUACCUAUACAAAAUGAAUUCUUAACUCUGCAGCAUUUUUGUAAAAAUUAAGAAACCCUCUGAAUGUUUGUAUGUGUAAGUGCCUAGCUAAAGAGCCACAGAAACAAUAAAUUCAAAAGCUCUUAUAGAAGUUAAACCAUAACUGAUUGAAUAUUAGCCAAAAACAAAUCAUUAAUAACAUAUUAUUUUUUGGUUGCUGGAACUGAAUACUGUAAAAACAAAGAGAUGUGAGUGGGGAGAAAAAGUUCUAAUUGAUAAGGAAAUUGAUUUUUAUUACACUUACGUGUCUUCUAAGAUUGCCUUUACAGUAACCAGUCAGAACUUUUUAAAAAAGCUAACAAUGUAGACCUUAUGUGUUGCAUUUAAACCGAAAAUACUAUGCACACCUGAUUGAAUGGGUCACUUAAGUUAUUGGAUUUCCUUAUACAUUUAAAUUAUAUUUCCCUUUAGAAGUAUUCCAUGUUAAAUGAGUACCUUUUAACUUCUGAACUUUACUGUUUUCCUAAGCAUUCCAGUGGUGUAAUAUAAAGUAUCAAAAUAUUUCUAGGUGGUAAUACAGUUUUUAUUAAAACAUGGAAAAGUUGUAAACUGUUAGGUUUAACAUUAGUGUAAGUAUUUUUGCAAUCGAUGAUAGAGAAGAACACUGAAUAAUGGUUUUCAUAAAAAUUAGUUUUCCAUCUUUUCCCAGUUUGAUUCCAAAUACUUUCCUCAUUAUUUCUAAUAUCACAUAAGCUAGUGGCUCCUUCUAUUUAAUUUUUUCCUUCCAACAUUAAUGUUUAGAAAAAAUGUGAAUAGUGUUGUGAAUAGUGGAAUACAGCAUGCAAAAAAGAAACCGUUGUUGUGAAGGUGUAGGUGUUACAUUAUGGAUACCCUGGGAUUCGUUCUAUCCUAAUAUUUUCUCAUAAAGGAGCAUGCCUUUUUGUUCAAUACAUUUCAGUUCAGAAUUGCUUGAAAAAGAUUGGCCUGCACAGAGAAAUAGAAAUCCUAGAUUUGAGAUAGUACUAUCCUUAAGGUAUAUUCAAAGGUAAAAUAAAUGAUUUUUCAAUACUCAACUUUCCUAGCAGGAAUUUUCUUUUUUCUUGUCUUUCACUUGCUGGCUAUAAAUCAAAGUCCUUAUAACACUAGGAAAUUACCAUUUUUUACUUUCAAAAUUACAUUAUAGCGAAUUACUGUUUACAAAAUACACAUACUGUGAACAGAUGCAAGUUUUUGUCUUUCAUAAGGUUGUUUGUAGAAUGAGUGUUUGUUUUUAAAGGUUGUGUUCUAUGUUGAAUAUUUUCAGUUUUUUACAAAUACUAGUAACUGUUUACUAAUUUUUGUUUGGUCACGUGCUUGUAGACGUAGCUGAAAGAAGAUAGGGAGAAACUGCCAAUCUAAAACUUCCCCUUUUUCUUCCUCGAAAUGUUACCACUACAGACAUUUCUUCUUUUUCUUUUUAAUGUGAAUGAUCAAUUAUGAUGUGUAGUUCUGAAAAUCAUGUUUAAUAAUUUAAGGAAACACUUAAAUUUCCAAAAAUGUGGGUCACUGUGAAACUUUUGAGCAGACCAUAUUAUGGGCCAUUAUCACUUCCAAGAAACAAAGUCAACAGCAUCUGUAGGAUUGACCCAUGCAAGCUUCCACCUUGCUCAGAUUAUUUUCGUUUCUUGAUUUUUGUGUAUCUCAAAAGUUUCAUAAUGACCCAUGUAUAGGAAGUAAACUAUAAAUUGAAGUAUAUUUAUGUGAUUCAGUCUGAUUCACAGAAUUAGGGGUUUAAUUGGAAUAAAACAACCCCACUUACAGAGAUGGCAACUGAAAUAUUUCCUGCCUUACGAAAAUUUGGAUAUUAUGUUGCUGUUAGAAUGGGUAAUUUGGACAUUUUACAUCAUUGUAUAAAUUCAGAAUUUAGUUUCCAUGUCUUUUGGAAAACACAGUUAUAGCAAGAACAUAGAAUAAUUACUAAGACACCAUAAAUAUAAAACUAGUAUGCUUGGCUGUUAACUCUAAAGAUGUUACUUAUGUCUGUUUUUAAAAUGUGCAUGUAUUUAACAAUUUUAUCAUAGUAUUGUCAUGGAAAAAAUAAAUAUAUUUUCUUACAUCUUA